AGUGACGACAACUUCCUGGGUCCUUCCUCCUCCUGGCAUUAGAAGCUUGCAGAAGACGGACAGCAGGGAAAUGGCAACACAGGAAUGGAGAACAGGGACCGUUUCCCCAAGUUUCAAGGUCCUGGGAAUUAAGACGGAGCAGCUGGACCCAGCAGGACCUGAGCAGCAGGGGGGACUGGAGGGAGCAGAGAAACCCCCUCAUGCCAUCGAGGCCGAGAGCCUGAGGGAGCGGGCCUCUCCUCAACAGGUGAAGUGGGAACCAGAGGAAUGCCUGCCCAUUUGCUGGGCUGCCCAGUCUCAGGAGUUUCUGAAGAUGGUGCGGCCCUCUCGCUCAGAACAAGGAGACUUCCACCUGAGGAGAUCCACGCCGCAGGCUGACACAAAGUCAUUUCUGGCUAUGGCUGGCCAUGGCCAGUGGCCUCUAGAGGGGAGGGGGAGGUGCCUCUUGCCAGGACUUGGUGGAGAAGCCCUCCCGGCCUGCAGCCAAAUGGGCUCCAGAGACCAAACGGAUCACGGGGAUUUCACCAGGACAGAGGCCAGUUUCCAGCACUUCAGGCUCUUCCGCUACGAGGAGGCUAGGGCCCCACAGGAGGCGUGUGGGCGGCUUCGGCAGCUGUGCCAUCGAUGGCUAGAGCCCGAGAGGCGGACCAAAGAGCAGAUCCUGGACCUGGUGGUCCUGGGGCAGUUCCUGAGCAUCCUUCCCCGGGAGAUGCAGGGCUGGGUCCGGGGACAGAGACCAGCCACCUGUUCCCAAGCAGCAGACCUGGCAGAGGAUUUCCUGCAGAGGCGGCUGAACACCGAGAGGCCGGAGGAACAGGAAUUGGAGCCCUACGAGGAGGUCGCUGUGGAUUUCCCCGAGGAAGAGGAUGCCCAACAGUGCCCAGAGCAAAGAGGACUCAUCUUCAAGGAAGCCAAGCAGGAAUGCACUGAGGAUGGCAUCCAGCAAGGUGUUGGUUCUGAGACUGAGGACAAAGAAGAGAGGCGUCAUGUAGAAAAGCCCAGGCAACUAGAACCCACCGAGAGCUCUUUGCAAGAAGCGGAAAUGAACACUGUACAGAUUCAGAGCUAUACAAGCGAAUUCUUCGAAAGCAGAGGGAGAAUCCGCACAGGAGAGAAGCAGUACAAAUGCAUGGAGUGUGGGAAAAGCUUCAUAUAUGGGUCGGACCUCAUUAAACAUGAGAGGACACACACGGGGGAGAAACCAUUUGCGUGUACAGACUGCGGGAAACGCUUCAAUCAGAGCUCACACCUCUUUUCUCACGAGCGGGUCCACACAGGAGAGAAGCCCUACAAGUGCUUGGCCUGCGGGAAAAGCUUUGGCUGGCGAUCGGGUCUUGUGAGACAUCAGAAAAUCCACACAGGGGAGAAGCCCUUUAUAUGUCCAGACUGCGGGAGGAGCUUCAGCGUGAGCUCGGACCUUAUCAGACAUCAGAAAAUCCACAUGGGAGACAAAACCUACAAAUGCUCAGGCUGCGGGAGGACAUUUAGUGGGAAGUUGCAGAUCUCCAGCCACCAGAGAUUCUGCACAGUGGGAAAUUGCUGAAUCCCAAACAGCGCACAUACAGAAGUGCAUUCUUGGGAUUGGACAGGGGGCAGUUUUCUGUGUGAUCUGUGGGUUAUAAAUCCUCAAGGAAGGGGCCAUGGUGGUCCAUGGCUUGCUCCAUUUCCCUGCAAAUUCCUGCACUGGCAUUGGAGAGCAAUUUCUGGUUGUAGUAAAUAAAGAUGACAGAUUUUAAAAUAUAUAUACAUAUGUAUAUACAUAUAUGACAUGGACAGUGUAAGGAGGUAUGCAUAAAAUGGGGUUGUUUUUUCUCAGAUUCAUCUCAAUGGAUUACAGCAUAAGAAUCUAUAGUUUGGGUGACCUCUAUAAUACAGGCCCUGCGUUUGACCCGAAAGUCAUGAGAUGGUCAGAACUGGUUUGCUAAUCUCAGGAAGACAUAUACCAACAGGAUGAACACGUUAUACGGAAGGUCCCAAAUUCCAGGUGUACUCAGGAAUAAUCCCUUUAGCUAAACAAUGGUCUGUGCCCAGGGUAAAGUUUGAGUCAGCGAAACUCACAUAAGAUAAAGUUCAGGUUCAAUUAACACAUAUUCAAUUUCUACAGAGGCUGCAAGUAAAGGUUUAACUCUGGUAGGGAGAACAAUCGUAUUACAGGAAAUUCUGUCAUGUCCAAAGUUGCUCAGUGACCUAAGUCAUUCCCCCACCCCAAUUUACAGUCAGUCCAAUGAAGGCUUAAAGUGUAUUUAAACUUAAUUUUGAGGGGAGUUGCAGCACCUCUCGGACGGCAGCAACUUCCUCAUUCUACACAACACCCCCUAAGAUCAUCUCAACACACAGCUUGGGACACCGGGUCAGGAAAGGGAUACGAUUGAUAUGUUUGGCCGGGUGGUAAUAUGCAGGAGGAGGAAGAAAGAGCCUGGCUGUCACCAAGCAUGUGAUCCUUUACCCUGACCUUGUGCCCUGAUUUCCUUCAGGAAAGAUAUGCAUAUCUCUAGUUCUUUCUCUGGUGUGAAUGUAUGCAGUCUUGGAAGUAAUUGGGAACAGGGGUUUAUCUUAUGCUAUUUAAAUUUAAGGAAUGAAUAAUUGGGCUAAGCUAGACGCUGCUUGUAUUUAAUUGUAGUUGGAGAUGCUAUAUUUUUUUUCCUGUUUCCUCUUUCAAUAAACCAACCUUUAUUGUA